GUGUGGAAAACGACAACAAAUACAAUAACAAAUGUUUGUCACUGCAUGCUGUGGAUUAUAAAACGAAAUAUUUAAUUUACGGUCCGUUUUAUCAUUUAUCAUGCAGGGCUACACGCGGGUCAUGUACGCGGAGCUCUGCCGCCUCUGUGCCACUCAUCGUCCAGUCGAAAAAGUGAACAUUUAUAAAGAAGAGGGUAUAAGAUUGAGACUACACAACAAGAUGCAAACUCUUGUUAACAUUAAGGUUUCUGUUGAUGAUCAUUUGCCAAAAGUUGUUUGUCGUAACUGCUUAUUGAAACUGGAGGAAGCUGAAAAAUUCUGGAAUACAUGUCAAUCUGCCGAAAUCACCCUUAAUAGUUUUUACUCACGCGCACAAAACAUAGACUAUUUUAAGAGCACUGGUGCAGUUUAUGUUCAAAAUAAUGAUUUAAAUAUUUCCGAAAAUUCUGAUGAGAUGAAUUACAUUAUUAUUGGCAGUAAUAAAACUACCAAGAUGAUGAAAGUGAACUCUGAGAAGGGCAUCCAGCCAGUCCAAGUUAAAAAUCAAACAACCUAUCCAAAUAUUGCACAAAAACAGAGGCAAACUAAAUUAAGGAUGGAAGCAGAAACAAAAAUAAUCAAUGAUGGUGAAACAUUCAUUGUUCAAGUCUAUGACAGUGACCCAAACAAUCAAAGUGAAACUAGUUUUGAACAAGAAUUAGUAGAUUUAGACAUGAGUACAAAUGAAGCAAAUGCUGAUGUAAAUACAAAACCCAAAGAUCAAUCCAUAGUGUUAGAGAGGCAGUAUGUAUGUGCGGAGUGCGGCAAAGCUUUCAAGCGGCGCGAACACCUCUAUCAGCACUCAAAACUGCACUCAGGCUUGAGACCUUUUAAGUGUAACCAUUGUCCCAGGGAUUUUAGACGGAAAGAACAUCUCCUAAGGCAUGAAACAUUGCAUACUGGGCAAAAGGAUUUCACGUGCGACUUGUGCGCGAAAACUUUUUCGCGUAGCGAUAAUUUGCACAAGCACAGGAAGACGCAUGAGAAGGCGGCCACAACAUACACCUGCGAUGUGUGCCAGAAAGUAUUCAUUUUGAAACACUACUAUGACCAGCACAUGCAAACGGCGCACACGGAUCAAGAAUCAUUGAAACAGUCGAAGAUUGAAAUACUUCUUAAACAUGAGAAUAAUGACAGUGGCGAUGGCGAUGAAGAGGUUUUGAUAGGGAAUAAUCUAAAGGCACGGGGGAGUUAAUUUUGCUUAUGACUAAAAACAGCUUUGGCUAAAUUGUAUGCAAAUUUAUUCAUAAGUGUACUUAUCACAACUAUUUGAGUUAGUUAUUUAACUUAAGAAUGUUGAUGGUCGUUAACUUGUUUUUCAUGAAUUACGUCUUAUCAAUUCCAGUUAGUUAUUCUUUAAUUAACGAAUAUUCAAAAUAUUUCAUUUUGUAUAUAAGCGGAAUUGAUUAUGUUGGAUUUUUCAAUACAAUACUUAUCGCAAUGUAUCGUGCAGCUAUUUUCGCGCUGAUUGUGCUCGCUGGCCAAUCGUCAGCAUCAGCAUGUGUGAAAGGAUUUGAUCUUCAAGUUGGAAUAACGAAGUACCUCAGCGAAGCGUUGGAUCUCGCCAAAGGAAUCCCCGAUGCGGCCGACAAAACAUUCAGCGGAUGGCAGGCUGAGUUAAUAGCGAAUGUUACAAGCCUCAACAACACUCUGAACGGGUGUAUAAUGGAUUUUCACGAAAAAUACGACGGCAAGAUUCGUAGGUACUAUUUCUGCAGACGCUAUUAUAACGCAGGAGUGCAAGCAUACAACAAAGGUGAAAAGAAGCUGGAAGAGGUUGCUGCCAAGGAUCUGGUCGCAGUUGUGCACAAUAAAUUUGCUAACAAGUUUAAUGAUAACAUCAAAUACAUACAGGAUAAAGCAGAUCAAUGCGAAGGUGAUGCUUGUUCGGACGAAGAUGUAAUGAAUGAUGUACACAAGCGGUUGCUGGAUACGCAUGAUGAUUGGUGCAAGUUUGCGAAUAAACAGUUACACGAUGAGAAUUGCAAAGCGGAGGACGGCAAGAAGAAAGCGGAAAAGGAUAUAAAGAGAGCAUCGUCCAGGCUAGACCGGUUAAGAUGCGUCAAGUGAAUAAUACACUUUAAAUCAAUUGAAUUACUUAAAUUUCAGUUAAUAUGACGUUUUGCUCAGCGCACUGAAAUAAAUAACUAAAUUAUGUAUUAUGAUA